AUGGCAGUCCGUGCACAAUUUGAAAACAGCAACGAGAUCGGUGUCUUCUCUCGUCUCACCAACAGUUACUGCAUCACUGCCCUCGGUGGAUCCGAGAACUUUUACAGUGUUUUUGAGGGUGAAUUAGGUGAUGUAAUUCCCAUUGUCCACACCUCAAUUGCCGGUACACGUAUCGUCGGUCGCUUGACUGUCGGUAACAAGAACGGUCUCUUAGUUCCCAACACAACUACCGAUCAGGAGCUCCAGCAUCUUCGCAACUCUUUACCCGACAGUGUUCAUGUUCAGCGUGUUGAAGAGCGUUUGUCCGCCCUCGGCAAUGUUAUCGCUUGUAAUGACUAUGUUGCCCUUGUUCAUCCCGAUCUUGACAGAGAGACCGAGGAAAUCAUUGCCGAUAUUCUCCAGGUAGAAGUCUUUAGACAGACAGUUGCUGACAAUGUAUUGGUUGGAUCCUACUGUGCUCUGAGCAACCAGGGUGGUCUCGUACACCCUCGCACCUCUAUCCAGGACCAGGAUGAAUUGUCAUCCUUGUUGCAAAUUCCUCUUGUUGCUGGUACUGUCAACCGUGGUUCAGACGUUAUUGGUGCUGGCUGUGUUGUAAACGAUUGGUGUGCCUUUGCUGGAAUGGAUACCACAUCUACCGAAUUAAGUGUAAUGGAGAGCAUAUUCAAGCUCCAGGACGCACAACCUAGCGCAAUUGUCAACGAGCUCAGAGAUACUUUGGUUGAUACUUACUCAUAA